CAGCAUCGUUGAUCACAGGUCCCAGGCUCCAGGCCGUAAGGAGUAGACUCUUUCUUACGUUUCGUUGAUCGUUGACCACCAUUACUGACUGCCACGAAAUCAAGAGACACCUAUUCAUUACGAGCAGACUAUUGGACCUUGAUUUGUUCGUUGUGUUGUCCGUCAGGACCAGGAGGAGACUGUCGACAGCCCUUAACAAUAUCUCCCCACCAGACAAGCUGCGAUGGCGUCCAGCUCUAAUCAGUCGCACCAGCUGCUCUAUGCAUGUAUUGCACACGGCACCACCAUCCUGACCGAGCAUACCUCACCUGGGACCUCCUCUACAUCAGCAUCAUCUCUCGCCUCUGUCAUUCUUCCCAAGAUAUCACACUCCACUCCCGCCAAACUCACUUAUACCCAUGAUCGCCUGUUUGUCCAUUACAUUGCGGAUUCACCGUCAUCAACCUCCAACAGCCCCGAUGAACAACUGUCGAGCCAUGCGGCACUGACAUACUUGGUGGUUGCUCAGACGGAAUUGGGAAGACGGAUACCAUUUGCCUUUCUGCUUGAACUCAAGAAGAAGUUCCUAGGGCAGUUCAAGCCCGAAACGACCGAGUUUAUGAGCCUUCCGGCAUAUGGAGCAGCCGCCUUCAAUGCUACACUCAAGGCCAUGCUUCAGCAAUACAACACCGCUCCCCCCAACGACGCAUUGGCCAAUGCACGAAAGGAGAUUGACAGCGUCAAGGACAUCAUGACGGAGAACAUCGAGAGAGUGCUAGAGAGAGGAGAGAGAAUCGAUCUCCUAGUAGAUAAAACAGAUAGGCUUGGUGGUAGUGCACGAGAUUUCCGAGUUCGCAGCAGGGGUCUGAGGAGGCAGAUGUGGUGGAAGAACGUGCGUCUGAUGGUUUUACUGGUGGUGGUAGUGGUGUUUCUGAUCUAUCUGUUCGUUGGCUUUGGGUGCGGUCUGCCUGCCUGGGGCAAAUGUAUUGGUUGAAAGGGGCAUACACAAGAUUUUAACAACCAGCGCGGGUUUGGCGUUUCAUUUUUGGCCUUCCUGUUGUAUUUUAUAUACAUAGUACAGUUGGAGCAGGAGUUCCGUGAUAUUCGUACCUCAGCCAUCGAAUCACGAGUGCUUAGAGAGGAGUCAGUGUCAAACUAGUUUUCAGUCAAAGGAGUUGCUGGAGUCAGCCAUGUCACUAGAGUCACCAGCACCAGAGGAGUCAAACUCACUGCAAUCAUUGCUUCUUGUGACUCGAUCUUCUCUCAC